GAUUAUAUAGUCUAUAUGGGUCAUCGUCCACAGGGUGAAUUCUCUGCGUCUUCCUCCCACGCUAGAAUGCUGCAAGAAGUUAUUGGAAGUGGUGCAGAAGAACUGCUACUUUAUAGCUACCACAGGAGCUUCAAUGGGUUUGUUGCCAAGUUAACCGAAGAAGAAGUCCAGAGGCUGAAAGACAUGGAAGGGGUGGUGUCAGUGUUCCCUAAUGGAAGAAAACAACUACACACUACAAGGUCAUGGGACUUUAUGGGAUUUUCUCAAAGUGUGAACAGAUCAACUACCGAAAGUGAUAUCAUUGUAGGAAUGCUUGAUACAGGAAUUUGGCCUGAAUCUGAAAGUUUCAAUGAUGAGAAAUUUGGUCCACCUCCUACAAAAUGGAAGGGCACUUGCCAAGCCUCAUCCAAUUUCACUUGCAACAACAAAAUUAUUGGAGCUAAAUACUACAGAGCGGAUGGAAGAUUCAAUAAAAUAGAUUUUAAGUCACCAAGGGAUUCAGAAGGACAUGGAACUCAUACUUCAUCGACAGCAGCUGGUGGCUUAGUUAGCAAGGCAAGUCUGUUUGGCCUUGGCCUCGGGACAGCCCGCGGUGGAGUUCCCUCAGCACGCAUUGCUGUGUACAAGAUAUGUUGGUCUGAUGGUUGCCCUGAUGCUGAUAUCCUGGCGGCAUUUGAUGAUGCAAUUGCUGAUGGUGUUGAUAUAAUCUCUAUUUCAGUGGGGGGUUUUUACGCUGAUGAUUAUUUUGAUGAUCCCAUUGCUAUUGGAGCUUUCCAUGCAAUGAAGAAUGGUAUACUAACAUCUAAUUCUGCUGGUAAUUCCGGUCCUGAUUAUGCAUCGAUAUCUAGCGUUGCACCAUGGUUACUCUCUGUGGCUGCUAGCACCAUUGACAGGAAGUUUUUGACCCAAGUGACCUUGGGCAAUGGUCAGGUUUAUGAAGGAAUCUCUAUAAAUACAGUAGACCUUUCGGGAAAGCUGUACCCUCUCAUCUAUGGAGGAGAUGCCCCCAACAAAACAGCAGGUUACGAUGGAACCGAUUCCAGGUACUGCUGGGAUGGCACUUUGAAUAAGACUCUAGUACAAGGAAAAAUUGUUCUUUGUGAUGCGUUGGACACUGGGGAGGAGCCAGCAGUUGCAGGAGCAGCUGGUUGUAUAAUGCGUGAUGAAGUUUAUCAAGAUGUGGCCUUUCUAUAUCCUCUACCUACUUCUUACUUAAGCAUGAAGGAUGGAAGCCAUGUUGCAACAUACUUGAACUCAACUAGUGAACCAACAGCUACUAUAUACAAGAGUGUUGCGGUAAAGAACGAAUUUGCCCCUUCAGUGGUUACAUUUUCAUCAAGAGGACCUAAUCCUAUCACAGCAGAUAUUCUCAAGCCUGACCUUUCUGCUCCUGGAGUGGACAUUUUAGCUUCAUGGUCACUAGCUUUAUCUGUGUCAGAAUUCCCAGAAGAUAACCGAAUAUCUCCUUACAAUAUAAUUUCUGGCACAUCAAUGGCCUGCCCACACGCGAGUGGCAUCGCAGCCUAUGUUAAGUCUUUCCACCCUACAUGGUCCCCUGCUGCUAUUAAGUCUGCUCUGAUGACAACAGCUUCUCGCAUGAAUGUUGCAUAUAACAGCGAUGCAGAGUUAGCAUAUGGAUCAGGUCAUCUGAAUCCAACGAAAGCAGCUGACCCCGGAUUGAUAUAUGAUGCUGGGGUGCUUGAUUAUGUUAAUAUGUUGUGUGGACAAGGCUACAAUACUACGAUUCUAAGGAUUGUAACUGGGGACUAUAGCAGUUGUUCACCAGCAAACUCUAAAGCUGUGUGGGACUUGAACUACCCUUCCUUUGCUGUAUCAACCAACUCUACACAAUCGAUCACUCGCAUCUUCCAUAGAAAUGUCACAAAUGUUGGAUCACCAGUGUCCACUUACACGGCAGCUGUUGAGGCUCAACCUGGACUGGGGAUCAAAGUUGAACCAAGUGUACUGUCUUUCAACCAUGUUGGGGAGACCAAAUCAUUUGUUCUCACAGUUACAGCAAUGUUGUCGAAAUCGUUGAAUUGGAGCUCUGGUUCUUUGAUUUGGGAUGAUGGAGUGCAUCAAGUGAGGAGCCCAGUUUUUGCUUAUUAUCUCUUUGAAUCUGAUGAGUAAAGUGAUUUAUGCAGAAAUUAUUGAUUGAAAACGAAGUGCAACUUUAAUUUCUUAAAUGCAAUCAAUAAAAAAGUUUUA